UUCAUGACGACGUGAUUGGUUCGUCCGCUCUUGGUUACGACGUAGAGACGUAAUGCAACACGGAAGACAGAUACGGAAAGUAUCCGUCCAGGUGAAAUACGCAAACACACUUCAUCUGAACUGUUACGGCGGCGACCUCUGGUUAUAAACGAGUCGAUGAACAACACAUGGUAAGACGUGGCUUACGUUUCAUCACACGGGCAGUGUCAUCAUGGUUCGUUGUAACCGCACCGCUGCUGAUAGGCUCGGAACUCUCGCAGGCAGUCGGUGCUAUGGAAGGGACCAGAGACGAAGCGACGGGCCUGACACAGACGGAGGCGCCAGCGCUUUCCAGUGCGGCAGAUGGCGACAGUCGCUCGAACGGGGACACUACGAAUGUUGUUUUUACGAAGAAAGGCCACGACGCUCUACCAGCAACCAGGCACGAAACCACAGUCGUAGUAAAACACGGGAUAGAUGUCGAACCGUCAUCGGAAGACAAAAUUGAAAUCGAGAAGCAAGGAGAGGAUAGUCUCCUGUACAAAUUGGGCUUUUUGGUGAUGCAGAUCUGCGCCUUCGUCUACGCCUUCGGCGGUCUCGCCCUUUCUGCUGAUCACAUGGUGAAUUCUAUGGAGACGCUAUGUGCGCGCAAUGCCAUUCCAGAAGACGUUGGAGGGGCUAGCUUCAUGGCAUUUGGAUCCGCUAUUCCAGAAAUAAUGGUGAAUGCAAUUUCUACUUAUCGGAGCACGGGUCGGCGUAGGCUUCUCGAGCUGGACCCAGAUGCCGCGAGUCCUGCAGACCUAGGCAUCGGAGGAAUCUUGGGAAGCGGGUUCAUUGCGUUUCUGCUAAUCCCCAGUCUGUGCAUCUGGUUCUCACCUCGUCGAGCGGGAUGGAGGCAGCUUGUUUUGAAGCGCAGCGUUGUACAGAGAGACACGCUGUUCUAUGCUGUCGCGCUUGUGCUACUCAUUGUCGCUCUGCACUUCCGAGAGGCAACACUGCUGUUUUCGUUUGCGCUCUUGGCUGUAUACGGUCUGUAUCUCGCAGCGCUCUUCCGCGAGCGGCGACGAUACAGUGCUUUGAGUGGAGACAACGGUGGCGACGCUUUGAACGCUGCUGCAGAUGAUGGCAUUGUUCUGGCUCACCCAGCGGAAUCGACGCUACGAUAUUCACCCCCUGUCGCAGACCGAAACAUUGAACUGCAAGAUCAUGCUUCAAUACGCCAAACGGACUUGAGAGGAGCAGCAUUUGAGCAAGGGUGUGUCGACACAACUGACCGACAGACCUCGGCUACAAGUAGCACUACAGCGUCUUCCUCCGAAAACUCUGUGAUAUCAACAGCAGACUACAAUCUCAUGGUAGAGCCAGACUCACAGCACGCUUCGCCCUACAGUGUGCGCUAUUCCCUACCGGCGCGCACUGGACUCCAAGGGAGUAACACCGACCCAGCAAGUGGCUCAAGAACACUGGAUGUUGCCUCAGCAAGUCGUCGACUUCAGUAUGACGACGACGCGACGGACGACUCGGGGACCAGCAAUGCAAGAUCCCUGUUUUUCGAUGAUGGCGACGAUGAUGAGGCAGAUGACGAUCUACCAGAUGGCUUGGGGCUCAUGGCGGAACACGCAUCAACAUCUUUGAGAGUGAGCACAGAUGUCGUGCCAGGCUUUGGUCCGCCUUUUGCGUUUGGAGACACGACCAACACAACAAGCCAUGAUUUUUCCCUCGAUCCGAGUACCCUUUUCGACGAUAGCAGCGGAAGUACUGCUACCUCUAGGACUGUAGGCCCAUGGAAACGUUGUACUAGUAUCUGCCAUUUAAUUUGUGCACUUUGCCUUUCCGCACGUCUGAAGAUGUCGCGUUGUGCUUGGUCACCGUCAUUUAGUGGAGUAAGUAUUUGCGGACCACGACGACGUCGUCGGCUCCGAAGACUCGGCAUACUUGCUGAGCUCCUCAUCCGCCGAGUCUUUGCGCCCGUUGAUUUUCUAUUGCGCAAGACGUGCCCAGACUGUCGUGAGGGUGAACCGUGGGAGCGAUUCUACGCGGUGACUUUUUUCACGAGUUUCGCCUGGAUUUCGCUCUUUUCCUACGUGAUUACGGAGCUCUCAUGCGCGUGGGUAGACGCUCUGGGCGUUCCUAGCAUGAUGGCUUUUUUCGGCAUUUGUCUGGUUGCCGUGGGCGCGGAGAUUCCGGACGCUGUAAACUCAGUUACGGUGGCGCGUCGCGGCUUGGGGUCUAUGGCUGUCUCCGCAUGCGUGGGUUCCCAAAUUGCGAACAUCUGUUUAGGGCUUGGCCUCUCGUGGUUCCUGGCUUGUGCAGUAGACGGCGCGCCGGUGGAGAUUGGGCGCCACGACCGGCUCAUCCAGGUAGCCAGUCGAGCACAGCUAGCCAAUGUGGGCCUCUUCUAUGCAGUGACAACGUUGUUCUGCAACAACCUACGACCCGACGGUACGGUUGCUCUCGGCGUCCGCCACACCCUCCUCUUCGGUGCCAGUUACGCACUGUGGAUGCUGCUUUUCGCGCUCGUAGCGCUUUUAGGAACGACAAGUCAUGUCCAGAGCGCAAUAGAUGCAUCAUGA